AUGGCAUUCGGCAAUGUGUUGACUGGGGAAAUAGAGAUGUGCCAACAAAUUACGCAGCAAACUGGUGUUAUAGUCGAUCCAAUAUACACGCUGUUGAGGAAGAAUGUCAACUCUUGUAUCUCAUCUAAUUAUUUCAUGCUGCGAGCUGCAAUUGACCACAUCAUUAAUUCUGCUGCAAAAUCAAAUUACAUGUCUACUGGCCAGAUAAAUGUACCUAUUGUUUUUAGAGGACCAAAUGGGGCUGUUGCUGGUGUAGGUGCCCAACACUCCCAGUGUUUCGCAGCAUGGUAUGACGCCUGUGCUGGUUUGAAAGUGCUGGCCCCAUACUCAUCUGAAGAUGCUCUUGAACUGCUAAAAGCUACCAUUAGAGACCCUGAUCCUAUUGUUUUCCUUGAAAAUGAGUUAUUUUUUUGCCUCCCAAUAAGGAAAGCUAAGGUAGAGAGAAAAGGAAAGGAUGUCACGAUUAUAACUUUUUCAAGGAUGGUGGGCUAUGCGAUUAAGGUUUCUAAUAACGAGGAAGGUGUUGCUUCAGAAAUAUUUACCAGAUCUCUAAUGAGUAAUGAAAUGGAGAUAUCUAAUGCAUGUGGAAAUGGAGAUCAAGAUAGUCUUCUAGGAGAGCAACAAUAA